AUGUUAUCUGAAGCAAUAUUCGUUUUAGAUGAACUUGAAGAUUAUGUGCACAGUGUAAAAGAAAAUCGAACAGAUGAGAUAAGAAAUACAACUGCAUCACGUGGUACUGGUACAACAUCUGCUGCUGUACUAGUUUACCGUCAACAACAAACAGCAUCAGCAAAUCCAAUAGGUACUGCUGGUAGUUCACCUGGUUUAAUAUAUCCAAUGAUGCCAAAUUAUAUGUCCCAAUUAGUUCAAAAUGCUCGUUUACUUGAAGGUGUUCUAAUUGCUCCAUAUAUACAACCAUCAAUGAAUGCACGUGCUGCUAAUUUCGAUAUGUUACGACAAAUUGUUGCUAAUAGUCCAAUAUUUGCUAAUAAUCCUGAAUUACGUGAACAAAUGAUAAAUGCAUUACCAGCUGCGAUUGAACAAAUGAGAAAUUCUGAAGUACAAUCAUUAAUGCAAAAUCGUAAAGCACGUACAGCAAUAAUACAAAUUCAAAAAGGACUUCAAUGUUUACAUAUAGGACUUCAACGUUUACAUAUAGCAGCGCCUAAUCUUUUUCAAGCUGGUGGUUUGGUUGCUGGUCUUCGAUUUAUUCCAACUGGUUUAGCUUCACCAGUUGCUGCUACCAGUGGUUCAACAAAUUCUCCUUUGACUUCAUCUACAUCUAUAACAACAACCGGUCAAACUCCAUCAUCAACAGCAGGUACUGCUAGUACACCAUCUUCAACUGAUCCAAAUAAUUAUGCACAUGUAUUUGCACAAAUAUUGAAUAUGAUGCCAAAUCAAAAUAUUAGUCUUCUAUCACUUUUACACGGUAAUGCCGAUGUUGAACGUGGCUAUAGUGAAAACGCAGCACUAAUCACCGACGACCGAUCAUCUCUAAGUGACAUCUCCAUCAACGGACUUCGAGCAACGAAAGAUGCCGUCAAAUUUUACGGACAAGGAAAAGUUCAUAAAGUUCCAAUUUGCAAAGGACUUCUUGACAAUGUAGAGAAACCACAUUCACGAUAUCAAGUUGAUCAAGAAAUAACACAACGAAUACUCGAAAAAAAGAAGCGAUUGUAG